AUGCAAGAUGGCGUGGAGAAGGGCAUAGCCCUCAUAGAUGCGCACUGUGUGUGUAACAUCAUCACCAGAGUCCAUGACAAUGCCAGUGCUUUGGGGUUCGGGGCGGGGGUGGAGGUGGGGGAGGGGGUUGGUCAGAGGCACCGGGUGCUCCCCAGGGACCACACGAAGCUCAUUGUAGAAGGUGUAGUGCCAGAUCUUCUCCAUGUCAUCCCAGUUGGUGACAGUGCCAUGCUUGAUAGGAUACUUCAGGACUACCUCAUGAAGAUCCUGACUGAAUGGGGCUAUAGCUUUACCACCACUGCUGAGAGGGAAAAUGUUCGUGACAUAAAGGAGAAGCUGUGCUACAUUGCCCUGGAUUUUGCUGCAUCAUCUUCCUCCUUGGAGAAGAGUUCCGAGCUGCCCGAUGGGCAGGUGAUCACCAUCAGCAAUGAGCGGUUCUGGUGUCCAGAGGCACUCUUCCAGCCUUCCUUCCUGGGCAUGGAGUCCUAUGCCAUCCACAAGACCACCAUCAACUCCAUCAUGAAGUGUGAUGUGGGCAUCCGCAAAGACCUGUAUGCCAAUACAGUGCUGCCUGGUGGUACCACCAUGUACCCAGGCAUUGCUGACAGGAUGCAGAAGGAGAUCACAGCCUUAGCACCCAGCACAAUGAAGAUUAAGAUUAUUGCUCUCCCUGAGCGCAAGUACUCAGCCUGGAUCGGCGGCUCCAUCCUGGCCUCACGGUCCACCUUCUAGCAGAUGUGGAUCAGCAAGCAGGAGUAUGAUGAGUCAGGUCCCUCCACUGACCAGAGCAAAUGUUUCUAG